AUGAAUCACCAAGCAGCCUGGAUCAAGGAGCCACAUGCCGCCCUAGUGGUGGACGAGGCUCCAAUGCCAACUCCCGGCUCUGGCGAGAUAUUGGUCAAGGUCAAGGUCAUUGGUUUCUCUCCACUAGAGGCAAAGAUACAAAAACUUGCUAUCAUCCCAAUCCCAUAUCCCAAUGUCCUUGGCAUGUCCUUUGCAGGAGUAGUCGAGAGCCUCGGACCGGACGUGGAAGGUUUCAAGGUAGGCGACAGAGUCGCGACUGUCCGAGAUGGGCCGAAGGCCGCCGACCCCCGCUUUGGAGCUUUCCAACAGUACGCUCUGGUAUCCCAGACGUCGACGUCCAAACUCCCUGGAGCCGUGGCUCUCGAAACCGGCGCCACAUCUAUUCUCAAUCUAGCUGCUGUUGCAACCGCAUUUUCCAUCCACAUGGGCCUUGACCGCCCGCCAGUCGACAGCAAGGCAGCGUCGAAUGGGAAGAAAAUCCUGAUCUAUGGUGGCUCCAGUUCUGCUGGUGGACUGGCCACGUGCUAUGCCACCGCCGCGGGAUACGAGGUGAUCACAACAUCAUCGCCUGAGAACAAAGACUACGUACGGAGUCUUGGUCCAUCGGUCAUCAUCGACCACUCGCAGCCUGCCGAGAAUGUACUGAGCCACAUCCAAUCUCACGGCCCUUACGACGCCAUCUUCGACGCCAUCGGCCUCCAGCCCACCUUCGACGUGCUGGGCACAUAUUUAUCUGCAAUCGGAGGUGGUGCUUUUUACUCAACCGGCGUUUCACAAAGGCCGUUGCCAGACAAGGUGGAGCUCAAGUUCGCACCUUACAGCUUAUGGAUGGAUAAGCCAGAGCAUUCUGAGUUCAGAACUUGGUUCUAUAAUGAAUUGGUGCCGAAAGGGCUAGAGUUGCGCAUCAUCAAGCCGACGAGACCGGAGUGGCUAGAGGGUGGCUUAGCUUCGGCGCAAAAAGCCCUUGAUUUGAUGAUGGAGGGUAAGGUCAGUGGGACGAAGCUCUUGCUGGAUCCCAAUGCUUAG